AGUAACUAUAUGUAAUCAUAAAGAAGAAGGAAAGCUAAAUAUUAAUAUUCUUCUCUUCCUUCAUCUACUUUGAUUUCAAGAUAAGUAUACCGAAACAAUACUCGGAAAGACGGCUUUAAUUUUUUUUUUUUCUUCUCUUCUUGCAAUGUGUGUUUUGCAUUCCAGUACUCUUUGUUUCCAUGGCUUUUCGAGAAGUUUCCGUCGGUUAACUAUAUGCAACUCAAGCAAUUCCUCUCACAAUAGCACUAGAUUGAUACCUCCAUUGAAUCAGAGUGUUGUGGCAUUAAUACUAGGAGACGGGCCAGAGUCGAAACUAUAUCCAUUGACGAAGAGGAGAUCAGAAGCUGCAAUACCAAUUGGAGCUCGUUAUCGGCUUAUCGACAUUGCUAUUAGUAAUUGCAUCAAUAGUGAUAUCACUAAGAUAUAUACUUUAACUCAGACCAACUCCACUUCACUCAAUUCUCAUGUUUCAAGAGCUUAUUCCAACAUUGGAGUUCUUGGAAAAGAAGGCUUCAUUGAUGUUCUUGCAGCUUGCCAAAACCUCGAAAAUCAUUGUUGGUAUAAGGGAAAUGUCGACAUGGUUCGAAAAUGGUUGUGGUUACUCGAAAAGCAUCCGGCGAUCGAGUUUUUAAUACUUCCCGGCCAUCAUCUUUAUAAUAUGGAUUACCGGGAACUUAUAAAGACUCAUAGAGAUAGUGAAGCAGAUAUCACUGUGUCGGUUUCAUCUACAUAUCAGAUUAACUCUAGUUCUUCAAGCUAUGGUUUCUUGAUACUAGAUAAUGAAAGCCGAAUUCUUGGAUUUAAAGAAGAAUCCAGUAUGGAUAUUGGUGGUAGAAACAUGGGAAUAUAUGUAUUCAAGAAAGAUUCAAUGGUGAAGAUUUUGAAGGAGUACCUACCUAAAGCCAAUGACUUUGAGAAUGAGGUAAUAAAAGGCGCGAUUUCGAUGGGAAUGAAGGUUCAAGCUUACAUGUUUGAUGGAAAAUGGGAGGAUAUGAAUAGCAUUGAAUCAUUUUAUCAUGCCAGCAUGGAAAUCAAUUUAAUUGGUCAAGACUUUCCAAUCUACACCAUGCCAUUGUGCUUACCACCAACUCAAAUCUCACAUGCAAAUAUAAGUCAAAGCAUAAUUGGUGAUGGUUGCAUCAUAAAUAGGUGCAAAAUAAGCAAUUCGAUCAUUGGUAUGAGGACGUUUAUCGCUGAUGGGGUUGUGAUUGAGGAUUCAUUCAUCAUGGGCGGUGACUUCCAUCAUACAGAUUUGAAGAACCAAAAGGAACUUGGUUCAUGUACUCCCAUCGGGAUCGGAGAACAAACUCUUAUUCGGAAGGCGAUAAUCGAUAAGAAUGCAUGCAUAGGAAAAAAUGUCAAGAUUUGUAACUCAAAUGGAGUCCAAGAAAGUGAAAGAGAAGUGGAAGGAUAUAUCAUCUCUGGUGGCAUUGUUACUGUUUUGAAGAAUGCAGUGAUCCCUGAUAACAGCAUCAUUUAGUUCUCUAAUUUAAAAAUAGAGAUUCUUAAAAAACCAAUAAAGAAAAAGAUCAAUAAAGCAUAGCAAUGGUUUAUGGGACCAUGUGCCCUUGUUCUUUUGUUACUUUUAUAUAUUGCUUCAUUUAAUUUGUUAUUGA